CAGUUUGAUCAGCUGUGUCGUCUAAUCCCCCCCCCACCCCCCACCUGUGUUCAGGUGUGUAACCUGCUGACAUCAGCAGACAGACUGCUGAGUCUGAGUGAUGGGAACUUAUCAGCUCAGCUGAGACUGAUCACGUGUGAUAUAACCUUCACAACAGCUGUGAGGCGUUCACUGACACAUCACAGCAGGUUGUUUCAGCCCUGGGCUGUGGUCUUGAUGUGGAUUUGGGUUUAAAAUCCCAAACCACUGGGCUGUGAUCAGAACUCUUCAGCCUGAUUCAGGUGUUCAAAAAUGAUCAGGAGUCGGCAGUGUCCAAGGCAGCAGAGUUUAUUUGUCAACAAAGAAACCUGAGAACCGUUCACAGUGCACACAAGAAAAACCAGAAAUGCCCCAAAACUGUACUGGCUCUGUCCCUCUUUUUAUACAGUUUUGUCUGUGACUUUCCACACCUCUCAGGUCAUUUUACUGGUCUGUCAAAUUUACACCAUUAAAACAUUGGGUCGUUUGGUCUCGGUCCUUCAUGUUCACAGAUACACGGAGUUAGCAUUAGUUUAUGUGUUUUAAUAUUUUACAGAUUUUAGUUUUGGACCAAACUGAGCUGAAACUUUACUGGACUCAGCAUCAACUGUGUCUUUAUGUUUUAAUCAUUACUGGAGCCUAGAGGUCAAAGGUGCAGGAGGUUCAUUUAGUUUAAUGUCAGAGCUGUGAUGAACCUGCAGGGGGUGCUCUCAGGACCCGAGACUGGUGGUUCCUCAGAACAGUCUGAACCCAAGGUCACUUAUCUGUUUGUUUGUUGGAGCUUUUGACAGUUUUACAUGGUCUUCAUCAGCAGGUGUAGCAGGUCCAACCAGGAUCAGGUCUCCUGCUCCAUCCUCCCCUCACUGUGAACAACAAGCGAACCACAACCUCAGACCACUUCAUGCUGCCCCAGUGUGAUCUGAAGGUCCUGGUCUGAUGAAGCCAACAGAACCACAUCACCUGCAUCCUGAGGUUCCUGAACCCAACACUCUCCUCAACCUUCAGAUCCAUGAAAAUCACAUGAUCAGAAAUCACAUGAGAACCUGUCUGACACCUGAGGACCUCUUACAAGGACCUGAAGACUCUCCUCAGCAGCUCAGGUCCCCCUCAGAGUCCGUCAUUCCCCCUCAGUGCCCCACAGAGUCCCUCAGUCCCCCUCAGUCCCCCUCAGAGUCCCUCAGGGGACUCGAUCAUAAGCCUUCUCCAAGUCCACAACACACAUGUAGACUGGACUCAUGCACAGAUUCACGGUUUGUUCCUGACUGGACCUGAACAGGAUCAGGACCUGGUUCAUGUUGUUUUAACUGACACGUUUCCCUGUUGUUUCACUGAUCCAUCCUGGGAGUUUUUACAGCUCAAUAUGAUGAAGCUGCUGAGGUCCACCUGAGUGUUAGUGUAGGAUUAUCUGAGUGUGUGUGUGUGUGUGUGUGUGUGUGUGUGUGUGUGUGUGUGUGUGUGUGUGUGUGUGUGUGUGUCAGUAAUGAGCAGCCUGCUGACCAGGCUGUGUGUGUGUCUGUUAUAAAUCCAGCUCAGUGAGUGUGAUCAGCUCAGUCUCUGUUCUGUCGAUAGAGGACCAGUUCACCUGUUUCUCCUCAGCUCGGACUUCACCUGCUCAUUCGUCCAGGUCCAGAAAACAGGAAGUCACCAUGAGUCCGAAACACGUCGUCUUCAAGAAAAUUUCCCGCGACAAGUCGGUGGCGGUCUACAUGGCCAAGAGAGACUUUGUGGAUCACUGCGACUUUGUGGAUCCAGUCGAUGGAGUGAUCGUGAUCGACCCGGCACAGCUGAAAGGAAAGAAAGUGUACGUGAUGCUGUCGUGCACGUUUCGGUAUGGGCGUCAGGACAUGGACGUGAUGGGCGUGGCCUUCAGGAGGGACCUGUUCCUGGUGACCCGGCAGGUUUACCCCGAGCUGCAGGACAAAGAGAAACUGACUCACACCAAGAUCCAGAAGAAGCUGCUGAAGAAGCUGGGAGACAACGCCUUCCCCUUCUUCUUCGAGUUUCCAGACAACCUGCCGUGUUCUGUGGCUCUGCAGCCUGGACCCUCUGAUGUCGGGAAGAAAUGUGCAGUGGAGUUUGAGGUGAAAGCUUUCUGUGCUGAACACCAGGAUGAAAAGAUCGACAAACAGAGCUCAGUUCGACUCAGCAUCCGGAAGAUCCAGUUCAGUCCAGAGAACAGCAAAGUGGUUCCAGUGACAGAGACCACCUUCGAGUUCCUGAUGUCGGAGAAACCUCUGCACAUCAAACUGAGCCUGCCCAAAGAGACAUUCUACCACGGUGAGCCGGUCAAAGUGAAUGUUGAGAUCACAAACUCGUCCAGCAGGAACGUCAAAGACAUCAGCAUGUCAGUCGAGCAGGUGACCAACGUGGUUCUUUACUCCAACGACAAAUACGUCAAAUCAGUGGCCAAAGAGGACACAACGGACUCAGUUCCAUCUGGGACCAGUCUGAAGAAGGACUACACCCUGUACCCUCUGCUGGCCUACAACAAAGACCGGAGAGGGAUCGCUCUGGACGGACGCCUCAAACACGAGGACACGAACCUUGCCUCAUCCACCAUUGUGAAGGACGAGGUGUUGAAGGAAGUCCAGGGGAUGCUGGUCUCCUAUAAGGUGGUGCUCAGGAUGAUCGCCUCAGGGACGAUCGGAUCCAGUGAGGUGUCUGUGGAGCUUCCUUUCAGGCUGAUGCAUCCUAAACCUGAACCAGCCAAAGAGAGUGAAUCAGACGACAUGGUGUUUGAGGAGUUUAAACGAGCGUACCUGAAGGGUGUGGUCUAUGGAGACGAUGACGAGUCUCCGACUGAGGCCUGAGGACAGAGUCUCUGCUAGUCUCAGACCUGAGGACAGACACAGUUUGGUCCAAACUCAUCUUGGUCUCUGGUGUUCAUGGUGUUUCCUGCAACCUGUAGGGGGUGCUGUGAGAAACCUGUAUGGACCAAACUGUGUGUGACUGAGGCUGCAGACGAUCAUCCAAUCACAGGAGCAGAAGUGACUGUAGAAGCUUGUUAACCUGCUGUAAUAAAGAGAAAAUAAGUGAUCCUGUCUUCAGCUGUGAAAACACAGAGUAGAACAGACCGAGGUUCUGUAGUUAGAUAUGUUUCUACUUUGUUUUCUUUACCACAGUUUUUGAUCCAUGUAUUACUGAGGUCAGAGGUCAGAGAGGAAACAGCUGUAACAGUGACAGAAGAAGCUAUAGUUAGUGAGUCAAUGCUGUUCAGUUUCCUCCUGCUCUGAAAUAAAACAAACACUCUGAUGCCAACAAAUGAA